UUCCAAUUUUCGAAUUUUGAGAAAAAAGAAAGGAAACGAACAAAAGGUAAACGAACAAUGGACAGUCUUACUAGUCAUCAGCUACAUCGGCUUCUGUGAAAAUUCUGCCUGAUUCUCGCCGGCGACAGCUGAAAUAAACAAUCACCAUUUUCCUCCGUUUUAUUAUCUUUAAAAACCUAGUGCUCAGCUCUGUUUUGCAAAACUUCCUCUCCUUCAGUUCUUUUAGCUUUCUCAUCGUCCACGACGGCGAUGGUUCCCUGUGGCCUCACUCUUUCUCUGAAACCUCCUACCCUCUGUACUCGUAUCAGUUUUAAUGGAGGACCCACUUCAGCUUUCGCCCUCCAAGCUCCAAUUCUUGGAACCCUAGUUCAAAUGAAGGGGACUCGUGUUUGUUCUUUUCGCCAUAACCAUCGAUUGGAGUUUAACGAUGUGGGUCGGCGUCAAAGGCAAUGUGGGCCGCUGAGGUUUACGGAUUUUCGGAUUUCAGCAUCCUCUGGUGAUGGCUCUGGCGAUGGGUUUGGGUCUGGAGCUGGCGAUGGUGGAUAUGGAGGUUAUGGUCAUGAAAAUUCUGGAGGCGGUGAAGGGGAUAGUGGCAAAGGCGGGAAUAACUGGUCCUUCUUGUCUUGGUAUUUGACUCUUCUUGCAAAAUAUCCUGCUUUGGUGAAAUCUGUAACAUCUGGGAUACUAAAUGCUCUGGGAGAUUUAAUUUGCCAGAUUGUUUUUGAAGAAGCACCAUCAGCAGACCUGAGAAGAACGUUCAGAUUUUCUCUUUUGGGGCUUGUGUUAGUCGGUCCCGCAUUGCAUUUUUGGUACUUGUAUCUUAGUCAGUUGGUGACCUUGCCAGGGGCCUCAGGUGCAUUCGUCCGUCUACUUCUCGAUCAGUUCAUUUUUACUCCGGUAUUCAUUGGAGUCUUUCUAAGUGGAUUAUUAACACUAGAAGGGCGGCCAUCAGAUAUUAUUCCUAAGCUUCAGCAGGAGUGGUUUUCUUCUGUUGUUGCUAAUUGGAAACUCUGGAUACCUUUCCAGUUUCUCAAUUUCAGAUUUGUUCCGCAGCAAUUCCAGGUCCUUGCAGCUAAUAUCCUUGCCUUGGCAUGGAAUGUCAUCCUCUCCUUUAAAGCUCACAAAGAGAUCAUUACCCGAUAGAUUAUGUUAUCAGAGGUAGUUCAAAUAACAAUUUUGAUGAAAUAUUAGUUCUUAGUCUCAGCCUCUAAAAAUAUUAUUUAGUUUUGGAACAAAAAUGUGACACAGGCGUGCGAGAUCUAGAUCGAAUGUCAAUUAUUUUGUUUGGUGCCUUGUCUUGAAGUGCUACAUAAAAACAAGGGUAAAAUGGAACAUUAAAGAUACCGAUUUAUCUUCUUUGUUCAAACUUCUCACUUGAAGCUUUUUCUCAUUUACAAAUAUGGAGGAGUCAUUGAGAUGAAACUAAAGACGAAGAUGUACAAGGAUAAGGAUAUGGAUUUUGCGUUUUCAUUUCUAGUAUUUUCUUUUGAUUUAAUACUUCACUUUUAUGAUUUUGUGAACUCUGUAGGAAAUGGGAGCCUUUAAUGUUAGUCCACUUUAUCUCAACUCAUUUUUCAUUCUCUUUCAAUAUUGUGUAUGUGUGUUCAUGUAUAUUAUUUGUAGUAUAUGUUUCAUCUUA